AUGCUUCGUAGCUGCGUGCGCCUUCGUGGCAUGGAAUCCUCCACUGCGUUUCAAGGUCGGCAACAACAUUCAUCAGAAUUAAAGCCACGGCCACUGCUGAAGUCCAUGAGAGAGCGUUUGGCCAACCUGGUUUUGGAGUGUGACCGCAAUGCCACCCGCCCUUUUAGUGGCUCAUUGGGUGGCGGUAUUUUCACCUUGACUGGUGUGGCGUUGUGUGCCCUCACAUUCAUACACAACGUUGGAAGGCCCGUGAUGAAUGCCUACGGCGAAACAGAGACAAACAGUGAGAGAAGCGGACAGAAGCAUAUUAUCGAAUCAGCGAAUAGGUGA